ACACCUCACUGCUUCCACUCUCGUUUUUGCAAACCGCCUUUGCUCAUGGCAUAGAGUGGGAGGAGAACUUGAAAUCCCCAUGGCGUUGGUCCAGCGAGCCAGUGUGAUUGUGAAUCGAGGGCGGCCGCGAACCUCGAACAAACAACACGCGAGAUGAGACAAACGACGUUCGCGCUGGCCGCGACAGUCACCGCCGCCUUGAUUUGCGGCGCGUCCUGCCUGGUGCAGCCACAGGAAGUUUUUUCAUGGAAGGAGAUGGAGUUUGCAUGGCCAAGCAAGGAGGCCAUGGAUGAGGCUGUGAAGAGUGGCGAGUAUAUCAGGGAGAAUAAUUUGCCGUUGGGGAUUGAUAGAUGGAAGGAUAAGUUGUUCGUUACUGUGCCCAGAUGGAAGGCAGGCGUAGCCGCUUCCUUGAACUACAUCGAUCUCAGUACAGCCAACACGACCUCACCUCUCACCCCUUACCCCAGCUGGAUGGCCAACAAACUACCUAAAGAGGGCGAACAUCCUCCUGAAGACCACGUUGUCAGCGUGUUCCGGGCUUUCGUGGACUCCUGCGACCGCCUGUGGGUGAUGGAGACCGGAUUGGCUGAUAUUCUGGGCAUUCCCCACCAAGUGACGUCACCUGCCAUCGUGAUCUUUGAUUUGAACACAGAUAAGGUGAUCAGAAGGUACCAGUUGAAGCCGGAGGAUAUCAAGGGGGAUGACUCUUUCUUCGCGAAUAUUGUGGUAGACAUGCAACCUGGCAAAUGUGAUGAAGCAUUCGCUUAUAUCCCAGAUCUAGGAGGCUAUGGUAUCGUAGUUUACUCAUACAAAGACAACGAUUCAUGGCGAGUCAAGCACAACUUCUUCCAUUUUGAUCCUUUGCAAGGCGAUAUGACGAUCGGAGGUGUCAAUUUCCAGUGGACUGAUGGUGUGUUUGGAUUAGCUUUGGGAAAUCCGGAGCAAAAUGGUGACCGUACCGUCUACUUCCAUCCACUCGCCAGUACGAUGGAAUUUUCAGUCAACUCUCAUGUGUUGAAGAAUAAAACUAUAGCCACAGAUCCUCACAGCUAUAGUCUUUACAAGGUUGAAGGCUCGAAAGGACCAAAGUCUCAAACUUCAGAGUCUACAAUUGAUUCAAAAACCGGAGUGAUGUUUUUCACUCAGUUACAAAAAGAUGGAAUUGCCUGUUGGAAUACCAAAAUGCCAUUGGAUCCUCCCAAUGUUGGAAUGAUAACUCAAGACAAUGAAAAGCUGAUUUUCACUAACGACAUUACUGUAAGUUUAUUAUUUUACAAUAUGUAGGAACCCAAAAACCAUUAGAUAUGACAAUUCGUUUUUUAUUCACGAUUUUGGAAUUUAUUUUGUUGCAACUAAAAGGGCUUCAGUGUGGGUCCAAAAUCUUCAGCAUCUUAGGUGUUUUCUUUUAGUGACGUACAAAAUAUCUUAAUUAUACACAUGUCGUCACUCUUAUUUCAGAUUGACGGAGAUCGGAACCUAUGGAUGCUGUCAGAUCGAAUGCCUCAAUUCAUCUACAGAAGUUUGGAUGCAAGUCAAGUGAACUACAGGAUAUUCAAGGUGCCAGUUGAUGAGGCCAUUAAGGGUACUC